AGUUGCAUUGGACUGCUAGAUGAACUGGUAUACAUAAACACAUAGUGCUACAUUGCAAACACAGCUCACGUAAAAAGGGAACUAGAAGGGAUGGCGCCUAUGAAGGUGUACGGUUGGGCGGUGUCGCCAUGGAUGGCCCGGGUCCUCGUCUGCUUGGAGGAGGCCGGCGCCGAGUAUGAGAUCGUGCCCAUGAGCAGGAGCGGCGGCGAUCACCGGCAGCCGGACCACCUCGCCAGAAACCCCUUCGGUGAGAUCCCGGUGUUGGAGGAUGGCGACUUGACGCUUUACCGUAAGCCAUCAUGCUUUUUGAUUUUUGAGCUAUGUUUUUCUAGGUAGCUAUUGUACGAAGUAAGAAACUCCCUGGACCUGAUGUUAUUAUGGUGAUGCCUGCUAAUAAUCUCCAAGUCAGGUAAUUGACACCAAAGUUAUGAAUUAGCCAGGGGAGCACAUCAAACGUACCAGUUACCAGGUUGCACACGGCGAAGAGUUCUCUGUUGAACACAACAGAGCGGACGCCGACGCUGUGCACGUCAAGGCGCACGAGGAGGAGGCCGUGGCGCGAGACAAGGGGCACCGCGUGGUCGAAGAAGCCAGGAUUGUCUAGGUCGGGGAAGAAGGAGUUCAGAGAUCGGCAUUGAGAGCCCCAGACCGGUCGUGGCGCUGGGACCCUCUACGGGGCCGUCGCUGGACGAAACAGCCUCGGAAAGGGGCCGAGCGGCACGCGUCCUCCGGCAGGCAGCGGCGGAGGAAGGAGGGGUCGGCCAAUACGAGGCUGCGCCACCCCUUGCACGCCGUGGCGCAGCGGAAGAGAGUGGCCACGUCCUUGACGCGUUCGAGGAUCCGGAGGACCACGUCGUACGGGAGGGACGCCGCCGUCGCCUCGGCCAUGUUUCUUUCGAUCCGUGUGCGAUUGGAGGCCGAGCAGGAGCAGCAGAUCGAUCGGGACUCCUAGUGUGCUAACUGCCGCCCGGGUACAUCGUCUAUGUCCAACACGAGUUGAUUUUAUUUUUUUUAGAAAGUCACGAGUUGGAUUUUUUAGGGGUAAGACCGUACUUUUCUUCCUUUCGAUUCUUUUUUUCCCAUUAUUAUUUCCAAACUCCUUUUCUUUUCGUUUCUAUUUAGGAUUAAGAUAUCGAAAAAAAGGUCAAACCGUGUAUCUCCUUUUUGCGCUGGCCGGAGACGGGCGCAUGCACGUACUAUGAUCGUAUUUGCACGCUUGAGUCAAGUUAGAUGACCAUAAAAUCGUAUUUUUAAAGUUCUAAUAUCAAACUGAACAUACAACGCAAGUUCUAUGACUUUGGGUGAUAUUACCUCUAAACUGAACUAGUAGAAAUGCAAUUAAAUAACUGUUUUGAAUGAAGACUGAACCAAGACAGGGCAGCUAUAUUUAGCACUUAUGCUAGUUCACCAUGGAAGUAUCCUUCUCCUAUUGCAGAAUCCCCGGCUAGAAUACCAGAAAAACUGAAGUCCAAGAUCAAUUAGCGCAGCUCUGUUGAGGAGCGACGGAUCACGGAUACAUCCUGGUCACACAAGCUCUCUCCCUAUUGUUCCUCUUUUACCACCCCUUCCCAGCCGAAGACUAUAUGCCUGUGGUGUGCUAGCGCUAUACAUCCAAAUUUGCAAACCCUUCUAGUGAAAUCAAUAAAGAUCAUUCAUAUACGUAGAAGAUAAAUCAGCAGCGAGCCUACAUGAACUAAUAAUAUGCAUAGGCAUAUAAAAUUAUAUUUCUUUGACCUAUCAAUGAAGAAGACGGAAAUAGGCAUUAUUCAAGAUCAGUAGAUCUCUUAGGCAUUCAAGAACAAAACACGCAACAAAUAUUCAAUCACGACCUAGGCAGACAACUCCAGAAUUUAUAUGGAAAAUAAAAUAAAAUAUACCACUUCAAAACUUAACUAUUGGGAGGAAUGAAAAAUAUUACUUAACUUCUGUACUGACAGUGAAGAAAAGGAAUAUCCAGUUGCACAAUAAGAUCAGAAGUUCUUGAUGAUCCACACUUAAAGAUGGACUUGCAAACAUUUUAUAGGAAAUAUGUACUCUGACUAAUUUUAGCCUAAAUAUGUCAGUUCUGAGCAUGGACAUCUAUUUCUCUACUUUUUAAUGUUGUAAACAUUGAAUAUGUUAACAAAGUGAAGUGACAACUAUGAUGGCUAAUUAACCAGUAUGCUAAUCUACUUAGUUAACGCGGGAAAAUAAACAAAUGCUGAUUUUUUUUUACUUUAUUCCACGAGGAAACUCUUCACCUGUCGAAGUUGUCGGGUUCCUCUAAACAAGACGUGAAGUCUCAAGAAGUUGUAAUAAGAGUUUUGCUGACCAGACAAAAGAAGUUGUAAUAGCAAUGCUAAUUAAUUAACCAUUAUGCUCAAAGAAAACCUGAUGCAGAAAAAUAGCCUGAUAAUCUUGACCAGAAGUAAUCGCUAUCUCAAGAUUAGCUAAUCAACUUAGUUAAAUAACGCAGUGAAAUAAUCAAACAUGCCUGUCAUUCUCACAUGUGCAGCAAGCGCACGUACAAGCAACGUAUAUCUCACUUGCACAAGAAUAUUAUACCAGAAGUACUUUACCGCUACGCAGAAGUCUCUUUCUACUCACUACUUCGUGCAAGCACCGUAUCUCAUUAUCCCCUAUACUUAAAUACGUACAUGUAACUAUAUAUGCCACCUAGUUCUGUUUGUUAAGCCAAAGCAAACCACACAUACUGCACACUACAGGUAGUUGCUAGGAAUACACACAUCCUCUGAUCAACAUGACCAUCCCACCAAAGCCUUUGCUCUUUGCCCUCCUCGGUUGCCUCUGCUUCUGCAGUUCAGUCCUAGCAGCUCGUGAGCUCGGUGAUGACUUAUCAAUCACGGCGAGACACGAGAGCUGGAUGUUACAAUACGGCCGUGUGUACAAGGAUGCCACAGAGAAGGCUCAACGGCUUAAGGUGUUCAAGGCCAAUGUCGGGUUCAUUGAGUCCUUCAAUGCCAAGAACCACAAGUUCUAUUUGGGAGUCAAUCAGUUCGCUGACCUCACCAACGAGGAGUUUAAGACGACAAAGGCUAACAAGGGAUACAAAUCUAGAUUCGAGAGGGCUCCCACGGGAUUCAGGUAUGAAAAUGUGAGUUUGGAUGCACUCCCCGCAACAGUAGACUGGAGGACCAAGGGUGCGGUCACUCCCAUCAAAGAUCAAGGCCAAUGUGGUUGUUGUUGGGCAUUUUCUGCCGUUGCUGCAACUGAGGGCAUCGUCAAGCUGAAAACUGGCAAGCUUAUCUCUUUAUCGGAACAAGAGUUGGUAGACUGUGAUGUCCACGGUGUGGAUCAGGGCUGUGAGGGUGGGCUCAUGGAUGAUGCCUUCAAGUUCAUCAUUUCAAACGGUGGCCUGACCGGUGAGUCCAGCUACCCAUAUACAGCAGAAGAUGGCAAAUGCAAGAGUGGAUCCAAAGAUGCCGCCACCAUCAAGAGUUACGAGGAUGUGCCAGCCAACAAUGAAGGUGCCCUCAUGGCGGCUGUCGCGAACCAACCUAUUUCAGUAGCCGUCGAUGGUGGUGACAUGACGUUCCAAUUUUACAAAGGUGGAGUGAUGACUGGUUCUUGCGGCACUGACCUAGACCAUGGUAUUGCAGCUAUUGGCUAUGGAAAGACGACUAAUGGCACAAAAUAUUGGUUGUUGAAGAAUUCGUGGGGGACAACAUGGGGUGAGAAUGGGUAUUUAAGAAUGGAGAAGGAUAUUUCCGACAAGAGAGGCAUGUGUGGUCUUGCCAUGGAGCCUUCCUACCCUACUGAGUAGUAAAAACAUCAAAUGCCACAUCUCCACCUACAUACACAAGAUUAAAUAAACAUGUGCACCUUCUUUAGGG